AUAACGGCACAGAAAGGAGCCACUCCUUUAGAGCCUAAAGCUAAAAUACAGAGACUGGGACCAUCUUGGGGCCCGUUGCCAGUCUGCAUGCAAAGUGUCACCCCCUGAUGCAGCCCCACCACGAAUGGAGACCCCAACAUCUCUGUCAGAUUGACUCCAGUCUGACAUGGAGACCUGACUGGUUACCAUGGAGUGGGUCAUGGAUGCAGACUGGGGUGCUGUUUGCCCAGUAGCCCCCCUCCAGCGCCAUUCAAAGGCACCACGAGGCCGAGGCAUCAAUGGAUCAUGAAAAGAAACAGAAGCAACACAUCACUCACUUCUCUCCUCAGACCACAAAAGGCAACUUAGAGGAAUAACAAAACUUUUACAUAUAAACUUUGACAUCAACUCUAUUUGUGCUGUCUGAUCUCUUACCAAUGGACGUAUUCACACUGAUUUAAACAAUGUCGCCAUAACUUUACAUUUAAAAAAUUCACCUUCUUUGGUUACAGUAGCAGGAAGUGAUGGGGGAAUGGAUUAACAAAAUAAAAGACCUGAAGUGAAGAGGCUGCUCAUCGCCUUUGCGUCACACCAAUGAGUGUGCCGGCCCUCUCCCCUUUAAAAUAGUUUUAUCUGCCACGCCCACGCUAUAAUUCCUGCUCAGCUGUUACUGUAGGUCGCUUUCAGUUUCCACGUGCAUCCAUUCACAAAUCCGCGGCGUUGGAGAGCGAAGCAGAGUCGGGCUGUGCGUAGCAGCCAGCGUCGGGUUAUUCACCUCGCCCGUCAGUUCUGAGCAACUUGUUGCGCAGCUGCUAUUUCUAAGCGCCUCCGUGGUCCAUUACUACUCGGGCUGGCGCGCGUUAGGCAGCAAACAGGCGCUGCUCUGUGUCUGCUCGGGCUGAUCCUCACAUGGAUGAAGCUCGGACGCCGCGUCUGAAGAUGAGGCUUCGCGUCGCGGACAGGUGGACUCAUUCAGCCUUUUUAAUUGGGGUUCGUAAUGAGGUCCUGUAGCCCGCAGCCAUGAGCUGGACGCGUCCCUGCCACGGACUCGACUGGAGCCACAGCCUCCUGUACCUGACGCUGCUGCUGUGGACCAGACGCAUGAACGCGCUGGCUGACUUCUCAAGCUACCUGUCCAGGAUAAUCACCAGCCACUCGGCUCACGCGUGCGACGGGCAGCCUCUGCGUCUCCACUGCCCGCGCCACUCCACCAUCUCCAUCCAGUCUGCCUUCUACGGGAGCGGCGGGGCCCGGCUGUGCACAGUGGACCCGGACCCUCACGGAGCCCAAAACCACAGCUGUUCCGCUUUCACUGCUCUGCAGAAGCUGCUGUCUGAGUGUCAGAGCCACAGAAACUGCCAUGUGCCUGUCAAUCACCUGCUCUUUGGGGAGGACCCCUGCCCUGGCACUGCUAAAUACCUCCACGUGGCCUACAAGUGUAAACCUACUGAACACAGACGCCAUGUGUCAUGCGAGGGAGAGACCAUGGUCCUGCGCUGUAAGCCCCCCAGGGUGCUGAACAUCUAUGCAGCUGUCUAUGGGAGAAGCGUGGACCAGGCUGACACCUGCCCCCCACACCUGACAAGACCACCCCCAUUUGACUGUCUGAACUACGAGGCUGUGCACAUGGUGUCCAAGUCCUGUUACAGCAAACAGAAGUGUGUUGUUGCCGUUAGCAACCAGACAUUCAGGGACCCCUGCUCUCCGGGAACCAGGACGUACCUCAGCGUGGUCUUCUCUUGUGUACCACGGACUUUACUAAGGGAGGCAGACCCCAGCAUAUUCAGCUCCGCCUCAUCUCCUACUGUGAACUCAGAAAAAACUUCUCCUAUAGAUUUAGAGGGGCCUUUGUCCAAAGGGUCAAGAAGCCCAGACAAGUCAGGAGCAAUGAUGAGCAACUCUCUUCUGACUUAUGCCUACAUCAAGGAGCAUCCAGAGAUGGCAGCACUGCUGUUCACCUCCAGCGUGUGUGUUGGUCUGCUUUGCACGCUGCUGGCCGUGUCGGUCCGAGUGUCCUGCAGAGGGAGCGCAGACCACAGAGUGGCAGCCAAGCCUGACAGCCAGCAAUGGGACACUGAUGAGGAGGAGGAUGAUGAUGAUGAUGAAGGGGCGCCUGGAGCCUCCAUGGCAGCAGCAGAUAAGAAGGCGAUAUACGACUGGGAGGAGGUGACCUACAUGAGUGAGGCGGCCGAGCGGGCAGAGAGGAUCGAGCGCAGAGAGAUGAUCAUACAGGAGAUCUGGAUGAACGCCUACUUGAAUGGAAGCUCGUGGUGAUAGUGACCAGACGCCGCUUCAAAAAAGGGAAAAAUGAGCCACCAGGUUUAAUUCAAGAGUAUUACUGUAGUUUGCUGUCACGAGAACCAACGGAUGCUAUGUGAUAAAUCAGUAAAAGCCAAAGAACAUGUCAGGACAGAUUACCUGACAAUAGUGAACUUCAAACGUUCACUUGGGUUGAAAGGAAAGUUUUUAAAAAAAGUUUGACGUUUUCUAAAUUUUCCUAACCAUCAUUUGUCUGCAACAGUGAUUUAUCAUUUUGUGGUGAAGUAGGAUCACUACUUUAUUUGCCCUACAGUAUAACUGGCAGCUGUUCACACCACAUUCCAGUUUCACCUGCCACAACAGAUCGCUGUUUUGGGAAGAGACAUCAGAAUUUAAUGUACAAAAGAAAAGAAUCACAUAAAUCCACAAAGUAUAAACACAGUGUUUUUAAAUGCAUUAUUCAACUCUGAAUCACUCCAUCAGUAGUUCCAUCCAGUUCUCCUCUCUCUGAACUCUACAACUUCCUCAUCUCUGCUGGGACAAAUGUUGGAACGACCACCUACUAUGUGGCAACUUCCUGCCUUAGAACAGCAUUGACUUUUAGAGAUGUGUGUCUGUGAGUGAACCACUGACAGCAGACAAAGAGAGGAAAGGUGUAGCAUCCUUGUCUCUGCCCCCUAAGAGGUGACAAACUGCUGCAGUUGAAUCACACUUGGAGUUUUGAACGCACAUCAUGUAUGAAGACUGCGCACCAGAGUUCACUGGGAGCCUCCAUUCUACUUUAAACACCAUCACAAUGUGUAGUCAUGUUAGUUUUGAACAAUGUUAAUGUUAACAAUGUUAAUACAGGUAGAAUUCUGUUUCA